AUGAAGGCAGCCAGAGCAGGACACCUCUGCACCGUGCAGUUCCUCAUCAGCAAGGGUGGGUUAGGUUAGACUGCAUCUUUUAUUUUUUAAACCUCUACAAUGUCCUACUAUAGCAGACACUGGAAGGAGAAGUUGAAGUGACAGUGAGUGUUUUGCGUACGGUCUUUGGUGGCAUUUCUUGUGGGAGUGAAAAAAAUGCUUGGAAUUUAAAAUAACGUUAUUAACCGGUUCCCAUGCUUUUAGAAUAAUGGUUCUGUUCCUCGAAAUAUGUUAUUUUCCGGUUUUCUGUUCGGUUUCCUGAACUGGUUACAACCCGGUUCUAGUAUUCUUUGGGUUAGACUGCAUUAAAAACAUAAAAACAAGUCCCUCCUUUGGGAUCUACAUUCAUUUUGAACUAUUAUUAGUAUGAAACAAUUGAUUCUUAGAAGUGAAUUUAAAGCGGUAUAUGAAUGUUUCUUUCCUGUGUUUUGUGUCCAGGUGCUAACGUGAACCGAGCGACAGCUAACAAGGACCACACGGUGGUGUCUCUGGCCUGCGCUGGAGGGCACCUAGCUGUGGUAGAACUGCUGCUAGCGCAUGGAGCUGACCCCACACACAGACUGAAGGUACAACACUCACACACCGUCAUCAAACACCAGCAUCAACCUCAUAAGGAAGCUGUUUAACUCAGCCAUAGUAACAAGAGGAUCAGAAUAGAAAAAGUGAACUUUGAUGAAGCCACAUGCAGACUUACUCUCACUUCCUAUUUCUCCUCCAAUAGGACGGCUCGACGAUGCUGAUUGAAGCUGCUAAGGGCGGCCACACCAACGUGGUGUCCUACCUGCUAGACUUCCCUAACAACAUCCUGUCUGUCCCCGCGCCUGACCUCUGCCAACUCACACCCCCCUCACAAGACCCCUCUCAGGUAAAACUCACACCCCCCUCAUAAGACCCCUCUCAGGUAAGACCCCUCUCAGAUAAAAAAUAUUUUAUGAGAUUGUUUUGCACUAUUGAAACAGGAAAUGGCCGGCAUGGAAGUUAUGUUUAACUGUUGUCAAAGUGUUUGAUGUUUUACAACCACUCUUCUAUUCCCAGGUUCCUCGUGUCCCAUUCCAGGCCCUGGCCAUGGUGGUGCCCCCCCAGGAGCCAGACAGAGCCCCCUCCAACAUCACCACGCCCCCGCCACCCGUCACCAGCAAAGGUAAAACAGAGAGCCUUGGCUUGGCCUGUUAUAAACGAAGAGCCUUGCCUUGGCUUGGCCUGUUCUAUACUGAACACAAAUAUAAACGCAACAAUUUCAAAGAUUUUACUGAGUUACAGUUCAUAUAAGGAAAUCAGUCAAUUGAAAUAAAUUCAUUAGGCCCUAAUCUAUGGAUUUCACAUGACUGAGAAUACAUAUGCAUCUCUUGGUCACAGAUACCUAAAAAAAAAGAAGCUAGGGGCAUGGAUCAGAAAACCAGUCAGUAUCUGGUGUGAUCACCAUUUUGCGUUAUGCAGAUCUCCUUUGCGUAGAGUUGAUCAGGUGUGGAAUGUUUUCCCACUCCUCUUCAAUGGCUGUGUGAAGUUGCUGGAUGUUGGCGGGAACUGGAACAUGCUGUCGAUCCAGAGCAUCCCAAACAUGCUCAAUGUGUGACAUGUCUGGUGAGUAUGCAGGUCAUUGAAGAACUGGGACAUUUUCAGCUUCCAGGAAUUGGGUACAGAUCCUUGUGUGACGGGCCCGUGCAUUAUCAUGCUGAAACAUGAGGUGAUGGCGGCGCAUGAAUGGCACGACAAUGGGCCUCAGAAUCUCUGUCACGGUAUCUCUGUGCAUUCAAAUUGCCAUCGAUAAAAUGCAAUUUUGUUCUUUGUCUGUAGCUUAUGCCUGCCCAUACCAUAACCCCACCACCACCAUGGGGCACUCUGUUCACGACAAGGACAUUAGCAAACUGCUCGCCCACAGGACGCCAUACACGUGGUCUGCUGUUAUGAGGCCGGUUGGACGUACUGCCAAAUUCUCUAAAAUGAUGCUGGAGGUGGCUUAUGGUAGAGAAAUUGACAUUAAAUUCUCUGGCAACAGCUCUGGUGGACAUUCCUGCAGUCAGCAUGACAAUUACACACCCCCUCAACUUGAGACAUCUGUGGCAUUGUGUUGGGUGACAAAACUGCACAUUUUAGAGUGGCCUUUUAUUGUCCCCAGCACAAGGUGCACCUGUGUAAUGAUCAUGGUGUUUAAUCAGCUUCUUGAUAUGACACACCUGUCAGGUGGAUGGAUUAUAUUGGCAAAGGAGAAAUGCUCACUAACAGGGAUGUAAACACAUUUGUGCACAAAAUAUGAGAGAAAUAAGCUUUUUGUGCGUAUAGAACAUUUCUGGGAUUUUGUAUUUCAGCUCAUGAAACAUGUUGCAUUUAUAUUUUUGUUCAGUAUACAUAUCAAAAGUGUCUAAAGAUGACGUGACUUCAACUGAUGAUGAAUUGGCUUUAUUGUAGUGUGACCUAAUCCUGUUAUCCCUCAUUCCCUCCAUCCCUUUCUCCCUCCUCUCCAGGUUGGUCUAAGCAGAGACAGGCUGCCCUCCCUCCCAGCCCCUCCAGUCCAGGAGGGGUGCGUCCCGGCCCGGGUCCCGGGGAUGCAGAGGCCUUGCCCUCCUUCCACCUGUGCCAGCCCUUGGAGUGUAUCGUGGAGGAGACGGAGGGGAAGCUUAAUGAGCUGGGCCAGAGGAUCUCAGCCAUAGAGAAGGCCCAGCUGCAGUCUCUGGAACUUAUCCAGGGAGAGCCGCUCACCAAAGACAAGAUCGAAGAGUUGAAGAAGAGCCGGGAGGAGCAGGUGAGAGCAGACAGACAGAUGGAUCAUUUAUAGGUAUAGGACCACAGAGAUCCUAUUGAAUUAUUAGAGGGGAUGAGGUCGUAGACCAGUGUUUCCCAAGCGCUGUCCUGAGGGCCCCAAGGGGUGCACGUUUUGGUUUUUGCCUUAGCACUACACAGCUUAUUCAAAUGAUCAAAGCUUGAUGAUGAGUUGGUUAUUUGAAUCGGCUGUGAAUUGCUAGGGCAAAAACCAAAAUGUGCACCCCUUGGGGUCCCCAGGGCAGAGUUUGGGAAAUGCUGUCAUAGACCCUCAAUACAGGUAGGUAAAGGGCACACAAUGGAAAAUGUUGUAACUUUUUGCAAUGCAAAGCGAAAAUGUGUGUUUCUUAUUCCAGGCAGUCCAGGUAGUUCCAUCUCCGUUUCAUUUAUUUAUUUUGGUUGGUGCCUAAUGAACACUACCCAGGUCUGAAGGGACCAGAUGGGUCUAGGAAAUAUGUUGAUAGAUAGAUGGCUCCACCCAUCUAGUCUCUCAACCAAUGGAUGAGAGAGGUCUGAUUUCUCUCCCCCGUGGCGUGCGUGUCUUCUAGGUCCAGAAGAAGAAGAAGAUUCUGAAGGAGCUGCAGAAGGUGGAGCGCCAGCUGCAGUUGAAGACCCAGCAGCAGUUCACCAAAGAGUACAUGGAGGCCAAGGGCUUGAAGGAGGAGCAGGAGGCAGGCCAGGACCCGGGGCCAGGGCCGGGGGUAGGGGCCAACACUACCAUGCCUGGGGCCCUCACAGCACCACCGGGGGUUAACACGCACACACAGCCCGGGUCGGAUACAGGGUCUGAUGAGGAGGGGAACAGAGAGGAGGAGGAGGAAGAAGAGGAGGAGGAGGAGGAGGUUAGGAGUUGUUGGUGGUGUUCUGUUAUUUCUGAGUAAUCAAGAGUUUCUGCUUUUCUGACAUUCUCCUCCCCUCAUAUCUAAUAGAAACAGACCUAUCAUCCCCUCAUAUCUAAUAGAAACAGACCUAUCCAUCCCCUCAUAUCUAAUAGAAACAGACCUAUCCAUCCCCUCAUAUCUAAUAGAAACAGACCUAUCCAUCCCUUCAUAUCUAAUAGAAACAGACCUAUCCAUCCCCUCAUAUCUAAUAGAAACAGACCUAUCAUCCCCUCAUAUCUAAUAGAAACAGACCUAUCCAUCCCCUCAUAUCUAAUAGAAACAGACCUAUCCAUCCCCUCAUAUCUAAUAGAAACAGACCUAUCCAUCCCUUCAUAUCUAAUAGAAACAGACCUAUCCAUCCCCUCAUAUCUAAUAGAAACAGACCUAUCCUUCCCCUCAUAUCUAAUAGAAACAGACCUAUCCAUCCCCUCAUAUCUAAUAGAAACAGACCUAUCCAUCCCCUCAUAUCUAAUAGAAACAGACCUAUCCAUCCCCUCAUAUCUAAUAGAAACAGACCUAUCCAUCCCCUCAUAUCUAAUAGAAACAGACCUAUCCAUCCCCUCAUAUCUAAUAGAAACAGACCUAUCCAUCCCCUAGCCCAAAUCUUCAUUUCUUCUGACUGUCUAAGUUGUCCUGAUCACAUUUCUGCUGUUUUUUGUGAAAACUGUUUCAUACUUUUAGAUGCUUUGUUAAUUUGUUUUAAGUUUGCCUUGUUUCUAUUCCAGGAUGACGAUGAUGAGGAGGAUGAAGAUGAUGAUGACGAGGUGGAAGGAGAGGAGGAAGAUUACACUAAGCUUCCCCAGGUGGACACCAUCCUCUACAGGGAUGGACAGCAGCCCCCUCUGCCGCCCUCGCCCUCCCCCCAGCCCCUGUCCUCCCCCCACUCACAUCUCCACCCCCCUCCCCCCCUCCAGACAGCCUUCGUGCCCAUCCAACCCCUACCCGAGUACAGCCCGUGCCCUGCCGACUACCCCUGCCCUGGCAGUACCAGCCCUGAUCUGCAGAGGGUACUGGUGGGCCAGCAGAUGCUGGGUCUGGGUCUGGGUCAGGGGUUAGGACCAGGGAUGGUAGGGCAGCAGGCCCCAGACGGACUCAUGGUGGCUACGCCCGCUCAGACACUUACAGACACACUGGAUGACAUCAUGGCAGGUGAGUGUGUGUAGCGUAGCGUGGUCUUACAGCUGUUCUGCCUGCUGUGGGUGGGUGGGUGCAUCUCAAUAGUCUUAACUCCUUUCCUCCUUAGUAUACUCCCCGUCUCUUUUCCUUCCAUUCUGCCUGCUGUGGGUGGGUGGGUGCAUCUCAAUAGUCUUAACUCCUUUCCUCCUUAGUAUACUCCCUGUCUCCUUUCCUUCAACUACACUGACUUGAAAGAACAGGACUGAUGAACAAAUUCCCCAAAGGAAAGGCCUGAAAAGUAACAGAUGCUUACUUCUCUCUCCUUCUCCCUCCCCUGUUUCUCUCCUCCUCUCUCUGUUCCAGCAGCUGUGAGCAGCAGAGUACCCAUGCUGAACACUACGACGUCCCCCACCCCCCUGUCUGACCCCCUGUCACAGACCCCCUCCAACAUGGGCUCUCCCCCCUCCCCACUGCCCCUCUACCCCUCUGUGGACAUCGACGCACACGUAAGUCACUGCUCACACACACACACUGUGGAGAUCGAUGCUCAUGUACUGUAAAGCCCAUGGUCACGCAUACACACAUUCAAGACUGAGAGACAAACCGAUACACACAGUGUUGUUGUAAAUGUGUGUCUCCCUUCAGACGGAGAGUAACCAUGACACAGCGCUGACGCUGGCCUGUGCCGGAGGACACGAGGAGCUGGUGUCUGUUCUCAUCGCACGAGGAGCCAACAUCGAGCACCGCGACAAGAAGGGUAACAAACACACACACACAUGAAGUUACUGUUCAUUCUGAAUGUUAGUUGGGCCGGUAUAUCCGUCAGACAUGUUUUAUUUUCUGAUUAAUCAGGAAUAUAUUUUUCUUACAUCCAAGAUAGGAUUUAUACAGUGUUCAAAGUGUUUCACAUUGUAUUGGGUGAAUUUGGAUAUUUGGUUCUGACCCCCUCUCCUCGUCCUUUCCCCAGGUUUCACCCCUCUGAUCCUGGCUGCGACAGCGGGCCACGUAGGUGUGGUGGAGGUCCUUCUGGAUAAAGGAGGUGACAUAGAGGCCCAGUCAGAGAGAACCAAAGACACGCCCCUCUCCCUGGCCUGCUCAGGGGGACGACAGGAGGUACACACCAUAGAGAUCUGAUUUAAAUGUGUUUAAUUAUUUCUAAUAUGGAAUUCUAUGGUACACUCUCACUUCCCUUCUAUGAAUCACCACACUGAAACGACUCACUGAAUCAACUCGCCUUUCACUGAAAUAGCAUAUUGAAAACAUAAUAAAGACUAUGUCCCAGUACUUACAGAUAACUGUCCUAGGUGGUGGAGUUGUUGCUGUUGCGAGGAGCCAAUAAAGAGCAUCGUAACGUGUCAGACUACACCCCUUUGAGCCUGGCGGCGUCCGGAGGCUAUGUCAACAUCAUCAAGAUCCUCCUCAACGCCGGCUCAGAGAUCAACUCAAGGUACUGGGCGAGACAGGGCAGGGCGAGACGGUGCAGUGCAGGGCAGGGCGAGACGGUGCAGGUCAGGGCAGGGCGAGACGGUGCAGUGCAGGGCAGGGCGAGACGGUGCAGUGCAGGGCAGGGCGAGACGGUGCAGUGCAGGGCAGGGCGAGACGGUGCAGGUCAGGGCAGGGCGAGACGGUGCAGUGCAGGGCAGGGCGAGACGGUGCAGUGCAGGGCAGGGCGAGACGGUGCAGUGCAGGGCAGGGCGAGACGGUGCAGUGCAGGGCAGGGCGAGACGGUGCAGUGCAGGGCAGGGCGAGACGGUGCAGUGCAGGGCAGGGCGAGACGGUGCAGUGCAGGGCAGGGCGAGACGGUGCAGUGCAGGGCAGGGCGAGACGGUGCAGUGCAGGGCAGGGGCGAGACGGUGCAGUGCAGGGCAGGGCGAGACGGUGCAGUGCAGGGCAGGGCGAGACGGUGCAGUGCAGGGCAGGGCGAGACGGUGCAGUGCAGGGCAGGGCGAGACGGUGCAGUGCAGGGCAGGGCGAGACGGUGCAGUGCAGGCAGGGCGAGACGGUGCAGUGCAGGGCAGGGCGAGACGGUGCAGUGCAGGGCAGGGUGAGACGGUGCAGGGCAGGGCGAGACGGUGCAGGGCGAGGCAGUGCAGUGUAGGGCGAGGCGGUGCGGUACAGGGCGAGACGGUGCAGUGUAGGGCAGGGCGAGACGGUGCGGUGCAGGGCGAGACGGUGCGGUGCAGGGCGAGACGGUGCAGGGCAGGGCGAGACGGUGCAGUGCAGGGCAGGGCGAGAAGGGGCAGGGCGAGACUACAUCUUAUUUUCUCUUCUCUUCUAACUGAUAACACUACUUUUCCAGGUCUUGAUCAAAUACAUUUAUUUCUGAAAUGUCUUACAUCAGAAACUUGCACCGUGUUGUUUAAAUGAAUGAUGACUGCGUCUUUGAUAGUGAAAGCCCCUCACAUCUCUCACUCAUUGAUAAAAUCCACCCUCAAUAUCUCUCUCUCUCGCUUUCUUUCUCGCUUUCUCUCUUUCUUUCUUUCUUUCUUUCUUUCUUUCUUUCUUUCUUUCUUUCUUUCUCUCUAGGACGGGCAGUAAGCUGGGUAUCUCUCCCCUGAUGCUGGCAGCGAUGAAUGGUCACGUUCCAGCAGUCAAGCUACUGCUUGACAUGGGCUCAGACAUCAACGCUCAGAUCGAGACUAACCGCAACACGGCGCUGACCCUGGCCUGCUUCCAGGGCCGCGCUGAGGUGGUCAGUCUGCUGCUAGACCGCAAGGCCAACGUAGAGCACAGAGCCAAGGUGAGGAGACCGGACCAGGACUGCACAUGAACUGUUAGUCGUCCAUAUUAUAGUAGUAUAUCAAGUCCAGAGCCAAGUUACAUAUAGGGUCUGGGGAAUCCUAACUUUAGAAUUGUCACUCUGUCUCAGUGCAUGACUAAGUGAUUUGAGUGAGGGAUUGGCCCCAUAUUGUACAUGUGAUGUUGACCUCCCUCUCCCCUGGUAGACUGGUCUGACCCCUCUGAUGGAGGCGGCGUCGGGGGGCUAUGCUGAGGUCGGCCGGGUGUUGCUGGAUAAAGGGGCUGAUGUCAACGCCCCUCCUGUCCCCUCGUCCCGAGACACAGCCCUCACCAUCGCUGCAGACAAGGGCCACUACAAGUUCUGUGAGCUGCUCAUCAACAGGUGGGUGUUAAACCAACCAAUCAAAUAAUCAAUCAUUCUGAAUGAAUCAGUCUUUGUCUGAGUGGGUAUUCAUUUUGAAGCCAGGAAUUUCCCUAAAAGGUAAUGUUUUAAUUCUCUCCUUCAUCUUCUUUUUAUCCUGUUUAUCUCUCUUCUCUUAACUCCUCCCUCUUUUAUUCCGUUCUCCAGAGGGGCUCACAUUGACGUGCGCAAUAAGAAAGGGAACACCCCUUUGUGGCUGGCGGCCAACGGCGGCCAUUUUGACGUGGUUCAGCUGCUGGUGCAGGCCGGGGCCGACGUAGACGCUGCAGACAACCGCAAGAUCACACCGCUCAUGGCUGCCUUCCGCAAGGUAGGUCGUGUGGCAGGAUGACCCUUCCCCUCUGCAACACCUGGCCCCCUCACUACCUAGUUCUACUACUAGGUCCUACAGUCUACCGCCUCCCUUUACUGCCCCCAGCCUGAAACAAUGUUGGUCUAUUUUACAGUUAUCUCAUCUCGCUCUAUCUCCUUGUGUCUGUUUCUCAGGGUCAUGUAAAGGUGGUUCAGUACCUGGUAAAAGAGGUCAACCAGUUCCCCUCAGACAUUGAGUGUAUGAGAUACAUCGCCACCAUCGCUGACAAGGUAACACUCCUCCACCAGGUUGGAAUGAUCACUCUUUGAGUUUGUAUGUUGGCUGGAUAUCAUUUACUGUCAAAUGCGGCAUAUCUUGUAUAAGUAUGGCGGUGGGUUAGAAAGAGUUGUCUCCACCAACUCUCUCCAUUCCUCCCUCGCUCUCAGGAGUUGUUGAAGAAGUGCCACCAGUGCAUGGAGACCAUCGUCAAAGCCAAAGACCAGCAGGCUGCUGAGGCCAACAAGAACGCCAGCAUUCUCCUCAAGGAGCUCGACCUGGAGAAGUCCAGAGAGGAGAGCAAGAAGCAGGCCCUGGCAGCCAAGAGAGAGAAACGCAAGGAGAAACGCAAGAAGAAGAAGGAGGAACAGAAGAAAAAGCAGGAGGAGGAGGAGGAGGAGGAGGAGCAGAAGACUACCAAGGAGGAGGAGGAAGACGGUGAGAUGCAGAAGGAGGACGAGUCGGCUGAGGGUAAAUUAUAUAUUGAUUUCAAUAUCUAAUCUUUUGUUCCCAAAAAUGCUGAUUAUUAACGUUUGUUUGCUGUAGCUAGUUUAACAAAAGCAAAGAUUGCAGUCAAUCCUUGUCCAUAGACUGUUUUCAAAGUAAGGAAACAAAUGUCUAAUAUGUAAUAUUGUGGAACUAUCCCUUCAACUCUCCGUCCGUCCCUCCCCCUCUCCAGAAGUGGACCCCCCCAUCGACCCUCCCAGUGCGACCACCACCACCACCAUCGGUAUCCCCGCCACCUCGGUCUCCUUCAGCUGUGUGUUCGGCAAGAAGAGGGCCAGUGUUGCCACGACGACCAGCGCCAACCGCAAGAGCAAGAAGAACAAGAUCAAGGACUCGUCCUCCAGCGAACCAAUCAUACUGCAGGACCCACAGGUAUUAACCAAUCAUACUGCAGGACCCACAGGCGUUUGGUGUAUUUAAAAUAUAGAUUCACAUUUUGAUUUUUUUUGUGUUUUUUAUUUAUUUAUUUAUUAUUUAUACAUACAGUGAGGGGAAAAAAGUAUUUGAUCCCCUGCUGAUUUUGUACGUUUGCCCACUGACAAAGAAAUGAUCAGUCUAUAAUUUAAUGGUAGGUUUAUUUGAACAGUGAGAGACAGAAUAACAACAACAAAAUCCAGAAAAACGCAUGUCAAAAAUGUUAUAAAUGUAUUUGCAUUUUAAUGAGGGAAAUAAGUAUUUGACCCCUCUGCAAAACAUGACUUAGUACUUAGUGGCAAAAUCCUUGUUGGCAAUCACAGAGGUCAGACGUUUCUUGUAGUUGGCCACCAGGUUUGCACACAUCUCAGGAGGGAUUUUGUCCCAUUCCUCUUUGCAGAUCUUCUCCAAGUCAUUAAGGUUUCAAGGCUGACGUUUGGCAACUCGAACCUUCAGCUACCUCCACAGAUUUUCUAUGGGAUUAAGGUCUGGAGACUGGCUAGGCCACUCCAGGACCUUAAUGUGCUUCUUCUUGAGCCACUCCUUUGUUGCCUUGGCUGCGUGUUUUGGGUCAUUGUCAUGCUGGAAUACCCAUCCACGACCCAUUUUCAAUGCCCUGGCUGAGGGAAGGAGGUUCUCACUCAAGAUUUGACGGUACAUGGCCCUGUCCAUCGUCCCUUUGAUGCGGUGAAGUUGUCCUGUCCCCUUAGCAGAAAAACACCCCCAAAGCAUAAUGUUUCCACCUCCAUGUUUGACGGUGGGGAUGGUGUUCUUGCGGUCAUAGGCAGCAUUCCUCCUCCAAACACGGCGAGUUGAGUUGAUGCCAAAGAGCUCAAUUUUGGUCUCAUCUGACCACAACACUUUCACCCAGUUCUCCUCUGAAUCAUUCAGAUGAUCAUUGGCAAACGUCAGACGGCCCUGUAUAUGUGUUUUCUUGAGCAGGGGGACCUUGCGGGCGCUGCAGGAUUUCAGUCCUUCACAGCGUAGUGUGUUACCAAUUGUUUUCUUGGUGACUAUGGUCCCAACUGCCUUGAGAUAAUUAACAAGAUCCUCCCGUGUAGUUCUGGGCUGAUUCCUCACUGUUCUCAUGAUCAUUACAACUCCACGAGGUGAGAUCUUGCAUGGAGACCCAGGCCGAGGGAGAUUGACAGUUAUUUUGUGUUUCUUCCAUUUGCGAAUAAUCGCACCAACUGUUGUCACCUUCUCACCAAGCUGCUUGGCGAUGGUCUUAUAGCCCAUUCCAGCCUUGCGUAGGUCUACAAUCUUGUCCCUGACAUCCUUGGAGAGCUCUUUGGUCUUGGCCAUGGUGGAGAGUUUGGAAUCUGAUUGAUUGAUUGCUUCUGUGGACAGGUGUCUUUUAUACAGGUAACAAACUGAGAUUAGGAGCACUGCCUUUAAGAGUGUGCUCCUAAUCUCAGCUCGUUACCUGUAUAAAAGACACCUGGGAGCCAGAAAUCUUUCUGAUUGAGAGGGGGUCAAAUACUUAUUUCCCUCAUUAAAAUGCAAAUCAAUUUAUAACAUUUUUGACAUGCGUUUUUCUGGAUUUUGUUGUUGUUAUUCUGUCUCUCACUGUUCAAAUAAACCUACCAUUAAAAUUAUAGACUGAUCAUGUCUUUGUCAGUGGGCAAACGUACAAAAUCAGCAGGGGAUCAAAUACUUUUUCCCCUCACUGUAUAUGUAUAUAUAUGUGUGUGUGUUUGUAUAUGUGUAUAUAUACACACACACACACACACACACACACACACACACACACACACACAGUGGGGAGAACAAGUAUUUGAUACACUGCCGAUUUGCAGGUUUUCCUACUUACAAAGCAUGUAGAGGUCUGUAAUUUUUAUCAUAGAUACACUUCAAAUGUGAGAGACGGAAUCUAAAACAAAAAUCCAGAAAAUCACAUUGUAUGAUUUUUAAGUAAUUAAUUUGCAUUUUAUUGCAUGACAUAAGUAUUUGAUACAUCAGGAAAGCAGAACUUAAUAUUUGGUACAGAAACCAUUGUUUGCAAUUACAGAGAUCAUACGUAGGUCUUGACCAGGUUUGCACACACUGCAGCAGGGAUUUUGGCCCACUCCUCCAUACAGACCUUCUCCAGAUCCUUCAGGUUUCGGGGCUGUCGUAGGGCAAUACGGACUUUCAGCUCCCUCCAAAUAUUUUCUAUUGGGUUCAGGUCUGGAGACUGGCUAGGCCACUCCAGGACCUUGAGAUGCUUCUUACGGAGCCACUCCUCAGUUGCCCUGGCUGUGUGUUUCGGGUCGUUGUCAUGCUGGAAGACCCAGCCACGACCCAUCUUCAAUGCUCUUACUGAGGGAAGGAGGUUGUUGGCCAAGAUCUCGCGAUACAUGGCCCCAUCCAUCCUCCCCUCAAUACGGUGCAGUCGUCCUGUCCCCUUUGCAGAAAAGCAUCCACAAAGAAUGAUGUUUCCACCUCCAUGCUUCACGGUUGGGAUGGUGUUCUUGGGGUUGUACUCAUCCUUCUUCCUCCAAACACGGCGAGUGGAGUUUAGACCAAAAAGCUCUAUUUUUGUCUCAUUAGACCACAUGACCUUCUCCCAUUCCUCCUCUGGAUCAUCCAGAUGGUCAUUGGCAAACUUCAGACGGGCCUGGGCAUGCGCUGGCUUGAGCAGGGGGACCUUGCGUGCGCUGCAGGAUUUUAAUCCAUGACGGCGUAGUGUGUUACUAAUGGUUUUCUUUGAGACUGUGGUCCCAGCUCUCUUCAGGUCAUUGACCAGGUCCUGCCGUGUAGUUCUGGGCUGAUCCCUCACCUUCCUCAUGAUCAUUGAUGCCCCACGAGGUGAGAUCUUGCAUGGAGCCCCAGACCGAGGGUGAUUGACCGUCAUCUUGAACUUCUUCCAUUUUCUAAUAAUUGCGCCAACAGUUGUUGCCUUCUCACCAAGCUGCUUGCCUAUUGUCCUGUAGCCCAUCCCAGCCUUGUGCAGGUCUACAAUUGUAUCCCUGAUGUCCUUACACAGCUCUCUGGUCUUGGCUAUUGUGGAGAGGUUGGAGUCUGUUUGAGUGUGUGGACAGGUGUCUUUUAUACAGGUAACGAGUUCAAACAGGCUUCUUAAAGAAAAACUAACAGGUCUGUGAGAGUCGGAAUUCUUACUGGUUGGUAGGUGAUCAAAUAUUUAUGUCAUGCAAUAAAAUGUAAAUUAAUUACUUAAAAAUCCAUACAAUUUGAUUUUCUGGAUUUUUGUUUUACAUUCCGUCUCUCACAGUUGAAGUGUACCUAUGAUAAAAAUUACAGACCUCUACAUCUGGUGUGGCCACCAGCUGCAUUAACUACUGCAGUGCAUCUCCUCCUCAUGGACUGUACCAGAUUUGCCAGUUCUUGCUGUGAGAUGUUAAGCUACUCUUCCACCAAGGCACCUGCAAGUUCCCGGACAUUUCUUGGGGGAAUGGCCCUAACCCUCACCCUCCGAUCCAGCAGGUCCUAGACGUGCUCAAUGGGAUUGAGAUCCGGGCUCUUCGCUGGCUAUGGCAGAACACUGACAUUCCUGUCUUGCAGGAAAUCAUGCACAGAACGAGCAGGAUGGCUAGUGGCAUUGUCAUGCUGGAGGGUCAUGUCAGGAUGAGCCUGCAGGAAGGGUACCACAUGAGGGAGGAGGAUGUCUUCCCUGUAACGCACAGCGUUGAAAUUGCCUGCAAUGACAACAAGCUCAGUCCGAUGAUGCUGUGACACACCGCCCCAGACCAUGACGGACCCUCCACCUCCAAAUCGAUCCCGCUCCAGAGUACAGGCCUCGGUGUAACGCUCAUUCCUUCGACGAUAAACGCGAAUCCGACCAUCACCCCUGGUGAGACAAAACUGCGACUCGUCAGUGAAGAGCACCUUUUGCCAGUCCUGUCUGGUCCAGCGACGGUGGGUUUGUGCCCAUAGGCGACGUUGUUGCCGGUGAUGUCUGGUGAGGACCUGCCUUACAACAGGCCUACAAGCCCUCAGUCCAGCCUCUCUCAGCUUAUUGCGGAUAGUCUGAGCACCGAUGGAGGGAUUGUGCGUUACUGGUGUAACUCGGGCAGUUGUUGUUGCCAUCCUGUACCUGUCCCGCAGGUGUGAUGUUCGGAUGUACCGAUCCUGUGCAGGUGUUGUUACACGUAGUCUGCCACUGCGAGGACAAUCAGCUGUCCGUCCUGUCUCCCUGUAGCGCUGUCUUAGGCGUCUCACAGUACGGACAUUGCAAUUUAUUGCCAUGACCACAUCUGCAGUCCUCAUGCCUCAUUCACGCAGAUAAGCAGGGACCCUGGGCAUCUUUCUUUUGGUGUUUUUCAGAGUCAGUAGAAAGGCCUCUUUAGUGUCCUAAGUUUUCAUAACUGUGACCUUAAUUGCCUACCGUCUGUAAACUGUUUGUGUCUUAACGACCGUUCCACAGGUGCAUGUUCAUUUAAUUGUUUAUGGUUCAUUGAACAAGGAUGGGAAACAGUGUUUAAACCCUUUUUUACAAUGAAGAUCUGUGAAGUUAUUUGUAUUUUUAUACGAAUUGUCUUUGAAAAUCUGGGUCCUGAAAAAUUUGUUUCUUUUUUUGCUGAGUUAUAUUUAUAUAAUCUAUAUAUACACACAGUACCAGUCAAAAGUUUGGACACACCUACUCAUUCCAGGGUUUUUCUUUAUUUUUACUAUUUUCUACAUUGUAUAAUAAUAGUGAAGACAUCAAAACUAUGAAAUAACACAUAUGUAAUCAUGUAGUAACCAAAAAAGUGUUAAACAAAUCAAAAUAUAUUGUAUAUUUGAGAUUCUUCAAAUAGCCACCCUUUGCCUUGAUGACAGCUUUGCACACUCUUGGCAGUUCCAAACUGCCUCUGGAAGCAACGUCAGCUCAAGAAUGUUUCCAUGGCCGAGCAGCCGCACACAAGCCUAAGAUCACCAUGCACAAUGCCAAGCGUCGGCUGGAGUGGUAUAAAGCUCGCCGCCAUUGGACUCUAGAGCAGUGGAAACACGUUCUCUGGAGUGAUGAAUCACGCUUCACCAUCUGGCAGUCCGACGGACGAAUCUGGGUUUGGCGGAUGCCAGGAGAACUCUACCUGCCCGACUGCAUAGUGCCAACUGUAAAGUUUGGUGGGGGAGGAAUAAUGGUCUGGGGCUGUUUUUCAUGGUUGGGGCCCCUUAGUUCCAGUAAAGGGGAAUCUUAAUGCUACAGCAUACAAUGACAUUAUGGACAAUUCUGUGCUUCCAACUUUGUGGCAACAGUUUUGGGAAGUUCAGCAUGACAAUGCCACCAUGCACAAAGCGAGGUCCAUACAGAAAUGGUUAGUCGAGAUCGGUGUGGAAGAAUUUGACUGGCCUGCACAGAGCCCUGACCUCAACCACAUCGAACACCCUUAGGAUGAAUUGGAACGCCGACUGCAAGCCAGGACUAAUCGCCCAACAUCAGUGCCUGACCUCACUAAUGCUCUUGUGGCUGAAUGGAAGCAGGUUGGAACAUUGCUGCGGGGACAUCUAGUGGAAAACCUUCCCAGAAGAGUGGAGGCUGUUAUCGCAGCAAAGGGGGGAUCAGCUCCAUAUUAAUGCCCAUGAUUUUGGAAUGAGAUGUUUGACGAGGAGGUGUCCACAUACACUAGUCAUGUAGUGUGUGUGUGACAUGACUGCAAAAUAUAAUGUAGCUAAAUUCAAGGACAAGAGUGAGAAGCUAUGAUGGUUUUGUUUCUGGGAGGCUGUAAAUACAUACACAUUUCCACUCAAAAUUCUACCAUCAAACAGUCUUAUCAAGUCAGUCAAGGUGUCUAAUCAGUGAUAAUUCCAUCUCUGUCCAGCAGGUGGUGCUGGCACAGCACAAGACCAACAAGAUCCAUGGGGAGCCGCGGGGCAGGGCUGGGGGCACCAGCGACUCAGACCCCCUGGACAGCACCGACUGUGCCAGUGAGACUAGCAGCAGUGGGGGCAAGAGCCAGGAGCUCAACUUCCUCCCCGACAUCUCCUCUUCUUCCUCCUCCUCCUCGUCCUCCUCCUCCUCUUCGUCCUCGGGCCCCUCCCACAGCCUGCUGCCAGGCCCGGAGAAGAGACACUGUCCUCAGCUACACCCAGGCAACCAAGUCACCGUCUCCAUCUCCAAACCUACACAGAAGUGAGUGACCUGCAGCACUUUAGAGGAGAGAUAUUGGUUUGAGUUAGACUAAGAACUGUAGUUUUCCUAAAGGAGCUGGUCAAGCUCCAUCACAUUACACAGAACAGUGCAUUUUUUAUACAAAUGCAUAGUUAAAAACAGCAACCUUAUUAAUUGUGAAUCGUAAUUAUAAUAAUUGUAAAUAUUUAUCCCCUUCUCGCUCUCUUCCUCCCCCCCUUCUCUCUCUCUUCCUCCCCCACUUCUCUCUCUCUUCCUCCCCCCUUCUACACUCUCUUCUUCCUCCCAGGCGAGAGCGGGGCUUUCUCGAGGGGGUCCCCCCCUUCCUCUCCUUCCUCCCCCUUCUCCUCUCUCUCCCCCCUUCUCUCUCUCUUCCCCCCCUUCUCCCUCUCUCCAAAAAACAGUCUCUCUCUUUCCUCUUUCCCAUGAGGAGAGCGCUAAUCUCUUUCCUCAGAGAGUGUCUCUUCUAGAGGAGCUCCCCCUUCGGAGAUCGCCUAUUCCUCCCAGAAAAACCUUCGUGAACUCUCAGUUUCAACCAUUCCUCUUCCAUGCCCCUGUCUCUCUCUUCCUACCCCCCCUUCUUCUCUCCCCCCUUCUCUAUCUCUCCCCCGCUCCCUUCUCCUAGCUCCAGACAUGAGUGAGAUGACCCCCAGCAGCUCUCUACCGUCUCAGUUUAAGACGAUGUCUCUGCCCGUCACAUCCCCCAACAGCAAGAGCCUCACCAGCCCCAAGAGGGGACAGAAGAGAGAGGAGGGCUGGAAGGAGGUGGUCAGACGGUGGGUAGACGCACGCACCAUCCAUAAAAUCCAUCUAGAAAUGCUUCAAAUUAAUCUAUAGGUCAUUUUAGGCCGGUGGUUCCCAACCUUUUUUGUUUACUUUUAAGUCUUUCUCUGCCUGUAGUAACCCCCUCAUGUGCAUUUUCACAGUAGACCUAUGGUCUCAUGAGUAUUCUAAAGUACCCCCUGUGGAUAGGCCUAGUACCCCUGGUUGGGAACCACUGUUUUAGACAAUAAGGAAAAGUGAGUUGUCAGCACUGUUGCUCCCCAUUGAUCUUGUUUUUUGGCCCGGUUCUAAACUCCAUAUGAACCUCUCUCUCUCUCUCCGGGCUGCAGGUCUAAGAAGCUGUCGGUGCCGGCCUCGGUGGUGUCGAGGAUCAUGGGUAGAGGAGGCUGCAACAUCACAGCUAUACAGGACGUGACGGGAGCACACAUCGACGUGGACAAACAGAAAGACAAGAACGGAGAGAGAAUGAUCACCAUCAGGUAGGGAGGGAGGGAGAGAGAAUUAUCACCAUCAGGUGGAGAAGGAGGGGAUGGAGAGGGAGGGGGAGAGAGGAAGGGAGGGGAUGGAGAGGACGGGAGAGGGAGAGAGAGAGAGAGAGAGAGAGAGAGAGAGAGAGAGAGAGAGAGAGAGAGAGAGAGAGAGAGAGAGAGAGACCUCUGGUGGCAGCAGCCCACUAUUAGACCAGUCAACCGAGUAGAGAACUGAACAGGAGGAAACGAGAGAAAAUAAAAGCUACGCUACCAGGAAUAUACACUACCGGUCAAAAGUUUAGAACACCUACUGAUUCCAGGAUUUUCUUUAUUUUUACUAUUUUCUACAUUGUAGAAUAAUAGUGAAGACAUAAAAACUAUGAAAUAGCACAUAUGGAAUCAUGUAGUAACCAAAAAAGUGUUCAAGAAAUCUAAAUAUAUUUUAUAUUUGAGAUUCUUCAAAUCGCCACCCUUUGCCUUGAUGACAGCUUUGCACACUCUUGGCAUUCUCUCAACCAGCUUCAUGAGGUAGUCACCUGGAAUGCAUUUCAAUUAACAGGUGUGCCUUAAAAGUUAAUGUGUGGAAUUUCUUUCCUUCCUAAUGUGUUUGAGCCAAUCACAUGUGUUGUGACAAGGUAGGGGGGGUAUACAGAAGAUAGCCAUAUUUGGUAAAAGACCAAGUCCAUAUUAUGGCAAGAACAGCUCAAAUAAACAAAUAAACGACAGUCCAUCAUUACUUUAAGACAUGAAGGUCAGUCAAUACGUUUCUCUGGGUUUCUCUGGGUCUUCAAGUGCAGUCGCAAAAACCAUCAAGCGCUAUGAUGAAGCUGGCUCUCAUGGAAUGGAAGACCCAGAGUUACCUCUGCUGCAGAGGAUAAGUUCAUUGGUUACCAGCCUCAGAAAUUGCAGGCCAAAUAAAUGCUUCAGAGUUCAAGUAACAGACACAUCAACAUCAACUGUUCAGAGGAGACUGCGUGAAUCAGGCCUUCAUGGUCGAAUUGCUGCAAACAAACCACUACUAAAGGACACCAAUAAGAAGAAGAGACUUGCUUGGGCCAAGAAACAUGAGCAAUGGACAUUAGACUGGUGGAAAUGUGUCCUUUAGUCUGGAGUCCAAAUUGGAAAUUUUUGGUUCCAACUGCCGUGUCUUUGUGAGACGCGGUGUGGGUGAACGGAUGAUCUCCGCAUGUGUAUUUCCCACGAUAAGCAUGGAUGAGGAGGUGUUAUGGUGUGGGGGUGCUUUGCUGGUGACACUGUCUGUGAUUUAUUUAGAAUUCAAGGCACACUUAACCAGCAUGGCUACCACAGCAUUCUGCAGCGAUAUGCCAUCCCAUCUGGUUUGGGCUUAGUGGAACUAUCAUUUGUUUUUCAACAGGACAAUGACCCAACACACCUCCAGGCUGUAUAAGGGCUAUUUUACCAAGAAGGAGAGUGAUGGAGUGCUGCAUCAGAUGACCUGGCCACAAUCCCCUGACCUCAACCAAAUUGAAUGGUUUGGGAUGAGUUGGACCGCAGAGUGAAGGAAAAGCAGCCAACAAGUGUUCUGCAUCUGUGGGAACUACUUCAAGACUGUUGGAAAAGCAUUCCAGGGGAAGCUUGUUGAGAGAAUGCCAAGAGUGUGCAAAGCUGUCGUCAAGGCAAAGGGUGGCUGUUUGAAGAAUCUCAUAUAAAAUAUAUUUUGAUUUGUUUAACACUUCUUUGGUUACUACAUGAUUCCAUAUGUGCUAUUUCAUAGUUUUGAUGUCUUCACUAUUAUUCUACAAUGUAGAAAAUAGUAAAAACAAAGAAAAACCCUUGAAUGAGUAGGUGUUCUAAAACUUUUGACCAGUAGUGUAUGUGUUGAUUUAUCUGAGUGAUUCUAAGUAUUUAGAAGGAAUGAAGUGUGGUCUUAAUCAUCCUCCUGCUGUAUCUCCAGGAUAUCAGUGAAGAGUUCAGAUACUGUGAUUGGUUGGAACCAUUUCCAUAUGGAAUGUAUACAUUGUAGUGCAUCCCCUGACCCCCGUGUUGUGAUGGUCCAUUCCAGAGGUGGCACAGAGUCGACACGCCACGCGGUCCAGCUGAUCAACUCUCUGAUCCAGGACCCAGCCAAGGAACUAGAGGACCUGAUCCCCAGGAACCACAUCAGGGCCCCGGGCUCCAAGACCACCUCAGUCCCCUUCCCCACCCCCACUGGAGCUAACCUUAACCUCACCGUCGGGGCCAAGGCACUGGGCUCCCUGGUCACGUCCUCUGGGGUCUCCUUCCAGUCCUCCUCCUCUCAGACAGGGGGUAAGAUGGGUAAGGGUCUGUCGUCUGGGGUGAGGCAGCCCUUCCCCGUGUCUCUCCCCCUGGCCUACGCCCAUCCCCAGCUGGCCCUUCUGGCAGCCCAGACCAUGCACCAGAUCAGGCUCCCCAGACUGCCCAUGGCCCAGUUCGGUGGGACCUUCUCCCCUGCCGCCAGCACCUGGGGCCCGUUCCCGGUGCGGCCGCUGAGUCCCGGUAGCGCCAACAGCUCCCCCAAACACAACGGUGGUAGUAGUAACAACCAGGCCAGAUCCAACUUAUCUAGUCAUAAUGAUCACAACACAUCAUCCACAGGGUCCUCUGUCUCCAGUCCUAGUGCCUUUAACAGUCACGCUGCUACGACUACAGGGUCACCCCACACCCCUCCUGGGGCCCAACCCAGUGCCCCCACCCCUUCCUCAGUCAGGAAACAGCUGUUCACCUCUGACCCCAAGCACACAGGGGUCAACUCUGUCUCCAUGGUUACUGCCACCACUGUCAGUAGUAGUAGUAGUAAUAGUAGUAGUCACUCAGUGAGAGGUACAGGGUCUCCCGCCCACCAAUACACAGGCUUAACGGCUACAUACGCCCCUAAACCUCAUCAACCCCAGGUCGCCCCCAUCUCUCAGCCCCCCAAGUCACCCCCCAGCGCCCCCACUGCUCCCCCAGGCAAGGUGAAGCUGACCCCCUCCCUCUCUCAGGAGGCCCAGCCCGUCUCAGUCAACAAUGGGGUUAGUUCAGGUGGUUUCACCGCCCCUGCCAUGGCUGCCCCCUCCAAACCUGAGCCCCGCCAGCAGCAGCACCAACCCCCUCCCCUAACCUCCACCUCCUCCUCAGACUCCCCUCCACCUCUCCUCCCUCCUCAGUCCAGCUCCCACCUCCCCCCAUCCUCCUCCGCCCCCUCACACACACACCCCAACAGCACCGUACCCCACUUCUCGGCUCCCGCUCCCCGCGUCUCACACCGCAUGCAGCCCCCGACAGGGCCCUACUACCAACACCCCAACCAGCAGCAGCAACAACAACAACCGUUCCUACCCCACAACACACAGCAACAACAACAUGAGCACCCCAACCAGCAGCAGCCCCAAGCGUCCCAGCCAACCUCCAUGCCCCCUCAGCCCCAGUCUCCUCACCACCCCCAGUCCUCCAUGGGUCUGAUGAACGGCUCUCAGAUGCAGCAACAGCAGGUCCAUGGUGGGGCCAAGCCCCAGCAGAUGCCCCCUAACUUCGGCCCUGCAGCCCUCUUCAACCAUUUCAGCAGCAUGUUCGACAACAACCAGGUGGGUGCCACCACACAUUAUUUUCUACUAUUUAUAUUUUUAUUAUCCAAAGAAAAACAUUUUAUUACAACAGAGCAGGGCUAUCCAACCCUGUUCCUGGAGAGCUACCCUCCUGUAGGUUUUCACUCCAACCCUGUUCCUGGAGAGCUACCCUCCUGUAGGUUUUCACUCCAACCCUGUUCCUGGAGAGCUACCCUCCUGUAGGUUUUCACUCCAACCCUGUUCCUGGAGAGCUACCCUCCUGUAGGUUUUAACUCCAACCCUGUUCCUGGAGAGCUACCCUCCUGUAGGUUUUCCUUCCGACCCCAGUUGUAACUAACCAGAUUCAGCCCAUCAACCAGCUUAUUAUUAGAAUCAGGUGAGCUAGAUUAGGGUUGGAGCGAAAACCUACAGGAGGGUAGCUCUCCAGGAACAGGGUUGGAGAGCCCUGCCAUAGAGUAACAACAUGUUUGAAGGUUGUGACCUAAACUUCAGUGCCUACUCAUUUUGGGUCAUACCUGUGCCCAAUUUGCUCACUAACCACUUGUCUCUAUUAGGUGGGUAACAACCAGGUGUGGGGUGCGUGCCACCUCCCUGCCCGCUCCCCCCCUGAGCAGCAGUAUUCUGCCCCCCCCACCUACAUGGGCAUGGGCCAGAUGGAUGGCAUGAUGGCCCCUCCUCCAGACAGCUCCAAGGCCCCUGGAUACCGCUCUGCCUCACAGAGGAUGGUCAACAGUCCCAUUGGUAAAAUAAAAGGCUAUUUAGAUGAUUUAUUUUCUCUUUGACUUUGUUUGACCUUACAGUAUAUGCCCCAACUCUCUCUCCCUGUCUUACAGCUCUGAGUCUGACCAGCUAUGCUACCAGUAUGUCUGGUAGUCCAGGGUACCUGCAGUCUAUAGGCCUCUAACUCUCUCUCUCUGUAUGUAGCUCUGACCAGCUAUGCUACUAGUAUGUCUGGUAGUCCAGUCUAUCUACACGGCCCAGCAGCUGUGGGAACCCCCUCCUUCAGCAGACAGCACUUCUCCCCUCACCCCUGGAGCGCUGCCACAUCAGGUACUGACACAGAUGUGUGAAAAUGAAUCUAAAAUGCCCAUGAAGCUUAUUUUCCAGGAAUUCAACACACAGAACAUAAAUUAUUUAACUAAUACAAUUUAAGAGAUUUUUGCCUAACUAGACACACAACCUUUAACCCCUCCCCUCCCCAGGCGAGUCCCAGGCGGUGCCCCCUGCCUCCACGGUGUCGUCGUCUGGCCCCCCGGGCCCCCCUCCCCACCAGGCCAAGCAGGGCCAGGGCAGCAGCCAGCAGGACAGGAAGGUGCCUCCUCCCAUCGGGACAGAGAGGCUGGCUAGGAUCAGACAGACCACCGUCAACCCUCCUCUCCUCCAGACCUCCUACACCGCUCCUGUAGGACAGGGAGGCAUAUGGUCCUUCGGAGUCGGCAGCGCCUCGGGUGAGUAGUCACACACACAACCUUUAACCCACCCUGGUCUCUCCAUCCCCUGAUGUAGGGCUGAUAGGUAAACAGACCACACCCCGUGUCUCAUCUCCCGUCUCCCUCUCCUCUAGAAGCCAUGUCAGGUUGGUCCCAGCCCCUGAUGGGUAGUCACAUGAUGCACCCUGGGCUGCAGGCGGACCACAACUUCUCCCAGUACCAGCCCAUGGAGCAGGACGACACCGGCAUCUCUAACCCCGCUAACAACUACCACCAGCAACACAUCAACCACCCCAACAACUACAUGGACUUCCCCAAGGUAACACACACACCUUUGCUGAUUUUGAAAGUAUCAUAUCACCUUCUCAAAUGGCUGUUCCUCUUCUUGUCUGUGUCUCCAGGGUAGGGCCAUGUCAAUAUACUGUAGAUAGUGGACCUUGUUGUCUCCAGGGUAGGGCCAUGUCAAUAUACUGUAGUUAGUGGACCUUGUUGUCUCCAGGGUAGGGCCAUGUCAAUAUACUGUAGUUAGUGGACCUUGUUGUCUCCAGGGUAGGGCCAUGUCAAUAUACUGUAGUUAGUGGACCUUGUUGUGAUGUGUAUAAUGACCUUGUUGUCUCCAGGGUAGGGCCAUGUCAAUAUACUGUAGAUAGUGGACCUUGUUGUCUCCAGGGUAGGGCCAUGUCAAUAUACUGUAGUUAGUGGACCUUGUUGUGAUGUGUAUAAUGACCUUGUUGUCUCCAGGGUAUGGCCAUGUCAUUAGACCUUGUUGUUGUGAUGUGUAUAAUGACCUUGUUGUCUCCAGGGUAUGGCCAUGUCGAUGUAUGGAGGGACCAUGCUGCCCCCCAACCCCCCUAUGGGAGAGGGUCCGGGGGGGGCCAUGUUCAACGGGCUGCACUCUGCCGACCCUGCAUGGAGCCCCAUCAUCAAGGUGGUCCCCAACAACGCAGACAACACCGACCCACAGCAGGUGAGACUUUAUCGACACACACACACACACACACACAAACACACACACAGUUGUCUUUGCUAAUGGAAUUUCCUCUCUCCCCUGUUCCUCUUUCCCCCCUUGCCUCUCCUCACGUUCAGGUGUGGCCUGGUACCUGGGCUCCUCACGUGCACCUGAACCACGUCAACUAG